CAUAGUGCAUAGCAUAAACAGAGUUAAAGGAUUCUGUUGCGAAUUGUGUCUCCAAAGAGUGUGAGGAAGAGUUAAGAGAAGAGAUUGGGAGAAAGUAGAAAAAAGAAGAGGAGAUAUUGUCCUCUCUCACUCUCAAUGGCUUCGAGGGACAAGAAAACAUCCAAACCCUCCACCAGUCGAACUGGCAGGAUUCGUACACUCUCCGAUCUCAACCGCCCUUCCGCCAACUCCGACUCCGACUCGGAUGACCCUCAGGAGUAUUACACCGGCGGCGAAAAGAGUGGAAUGCUUGUCCAGGAUCCUUCAAAAGGCAAUGAUGUGGAUGCAAUUUUCAACCAAGCAAGGCAGCUUGGAGCUGUAGAAAGGCCUAUUGAUCAACUUCAGGAGCCGCCAAGGUCAACAAGCUUUACUGGAACUGGCAGGUUACUCUCGGGUGAAACUGUACAAAAUGUUACUCAGCAACCUGAGGCUGUUGUUCACAAUAUUGUUUUCUGGACUAAUGGUUUCACCGUAAAUGAUGGGCCUUUGAGGAGCUUGGAUGAUCCUGAAAAUGCCUCAUUUUUAGAGAGCAUUAAAAAAUCCGAGUGUCCCAAAGAACUUGAACCCGCAGAUAGGAGGUCAUCUGUUAAUGUCAACCUCAUCAGGAGGAAUGAGAAGUAUCCUGAACCCGAAAAUCAGCAUCUUCCAUUUCAAGGUGUGGGAAGAACUCUAGGAAGCAGCUCUAUUUCGGUGGCAGAGCCGAUUGUUACCUCAAUAGCUCCCAACACUGGCCCAAGCUUUUCUGCUGACCUCGUGGUGGAUCAAUCAUUGCCAACAACCUCAAUACAGCUUAGGUUAGCUGAUGGAACUCGCUUGGUAUCACAGUUUAAUUAUUACCACACAGUUGGUGACAUUCGUGCCUUCAUAAAUGCCUCUAGACCUGGGGGCGUGGGGAAUUAUCAACUUCAGAUGAUGGGUUUCCCCCCAAAGCCUCUCUCCGAUGAAACCAAGACUAUAGAAGAGGCCGGACUGGCAAAUUCAGUUGUCAUCCAGAAAUUCUAGCACUGCAGUUUUGUUGUUUGCAUAGCGACAAUUUUAACUUUUAUUGAGGGUGAAGGUGUGAGGUUCUUUUGUUAGUAAAGACAAAAGGAUUGUGGAUUCUUUCUUCUUGUUGCAUAUGUUUUAUGGAAGAAAGUAAGUUGUCCUUCCUAUAAAUUGGGUCUAUUGAUUAAAUUUGAAAUAUAUUGAGUACAGUUAAAAUGUUGGAAAGUUCAUAUAGUUCAUAUAGGCUUAACAGAUUUUGAAUGUCAGUAGAACAAUGAAUUUGGACA